GACCGCAGUUUUAGUACUUGUGUGUGUGUAUAUGACGGAACGAUCACAUCCCUAAUCUGCUUUUCUUCUGGUCAUUUUCGUUCGUUCACCUCUUCACCGAUCGGCAUUUGUUUCCUCGUACGCAUGCAGCAUCGUCCUCUGUACUGCCGUGCGGCACCGGGUGAGAGAAUUCUCUCGUCAGACGGCUGGCUUCGUUCAGGGCAAACAUGAAACUCCUGACACCCUGGUCGAGUUUAACAACAUGCAAUUGUCGAUCGGAUCUUGGAGGCAGUAUAGAUUUGAUUACACUCUGUCUGAUCAGUCUUUGAUGAAGAUGGGCAGCUGCAAUCAACGCCGUUAUCGCUCGACUGAGUGAGGCGAAUUUUUGUGGGGAGAGGAUCGGGCGAGCGGGAGGGGGGUAUCAAUUCCUCGGCGUUUCUGUGGAGAGGUCGAAUGUGCAGGGCUGGUUGCUCUGCCUUGAAGUUCAAAUCACAUACGCCGUUGUUCAAAAGGAUCAUGAGUUUGCACCGGGAAGUGGCUAGUCCGCCGGUUCCUCCCGCUGGAGCUACGGAGCGAGAUAUCGGUCCGUCCAAUUUGGAAGUGUCUGUGGAGAGGUCCUUGAAUCGCAAUGACAGGGUGAUAGCUAUGGAGACAUUUGACAAGCAGAAGAUGGCCAAGAUUCUUCGCGCGUUCCUGUUGGCCAAGUACUUGAGAAAUGAUAGCGUACCCUGUGAGUUAGAGAAGGGACUUUAUUUGGGUUCGAUCGGGGCGGCUUUCAAUAAGGGAUUGCUCCAGAAUUUGAACAUUACUCACAUUCUUGCAGUAGCUGGUGGCGUAGAUAUGCCAUUUCCCGAAUGUUUCAAGUAUCUUCGGAUCGAAGUUCUAGACAGCGCUGACGUUGAUUUGGCUCAACAUUUCACUGAGUGCUUCUCGUUCAUUGACGAGGCUAGAAUGAGUGGAGGUGGAGUGUUGGUGCAUUGUUUUGCCGGCAGAUCUCGAAGUGUGACUAUUGCAACGGCAUACAUGAUGAGAACGUAUGGAAUCCGCCUUUCCCAAGCGCUUGCUCAUAUCACUAGUAGAAGGAAGGAGGCUCAACCGAAUCCCGGUUUCUUGAAACAACUUCAGAAUUUCGAUCAGGAACUUGAAUCAGAGAAGAGGAAGCGUAAUGAAAGAGUUGAGAGGUAACGGCCAAUAUCCAUGCCGAAUUUGUACUUAUAGGCCAGAUCAGGAGCACCACUUUGUUGAUUGUGCUUUCGAAGUGCGAAUCAUGUGUAGAUGCUCCAGAGGUAAUCUGUUGAAGAGUUUAUAUAAGGCGGGAUAGUAUAGAGGAUGCAUCAGGCAUCCUUGAUUAAUUGUUGCCAUUGGAAAACUGUCAUGGUGUUUUGUGUAAGCAAUUCAACGUCGAAGAUGUUGAACAGGGAGGGGAGGGAUGAAUCUCUUAGCCAGGGAAAUCAACCGUGCGAAUGCUACGGUCUCAUUCCGGAGGUGAACUGUCCAAUUAUGUUUUGUACCGCGAAAACUGGCAGGUACAUUGCUUGUUAAGGGAUUUGUGUGUACAAGUAGAAGUGAUCACAUAGAGCACAUAUAAUAAAAUCUUUUCAAGUGACGUUGGGAUAUUGUUUGC